CAGACACAAUAAGAACCAGAGAGACACACUCAGGACCAGCAGCACGUCCUCCAGAACCAGGACCCACCAGGACCCAUCAGGACUCAUCAAAAACCUUUAGGACUGACCACGUCCUCCAGUUUUACCAGGAUGUGGAUAUUUCUGAUGAUCGUCAGCCUGCUGGACCCAAACCAGGCUGUUCCUCUCCCAGAAAAACAUGUCGAACUCCAGCUUCUACUGCAGAACCAACUGGCCCAAACAGCGCUGACUCCCACUCCUGGCGUCAUUCAGCAGAUAGCAUCUUCCUCCUCAUCUUCCUCCUCCUCCUCUUCAUCAUCGGUGUCCUCAGAGUCCAGCCAAAGUUUAGAGGCUCUUCAGAUGCUGCAAGACCAGAACCUGGAAAACCUGGAGAACCUGGAAAACCUGGAGAACGCGGCUGUUGAGGAGGAGGAUGUGUCGCCGGAGAGCUUGGAGCUCCGCGUGUCUCCCAGUAACACCAGCAGCAGCCUGAGGUUCAGGGAACUGGUUUCACUGGGACAGAGAACGGUCCACCAGGAAGGACGAGACGAGGAUGCGGCUACGCUGCAGGCUGAAAUGGCAGAAGGGGGCGUGGCUGCAGCUAAGGUGGGAGGGGCCACAGGAGAGGACAAAGACGACAAAAACGAGCUGCAUCAAAUGUCGGAUGACAGCAUGGAGGGACCCAAGGAGUUGAUGCUUCAGCUACCUGGUUACCAUGGCAACGACGUGGAGUUAGAGCUGGGGUUAUAACGGAGGCCACGCCCCUUUCCUGAUCAUGUUCAUUACUGAAUUCUUUUAAAGAAACUGGUGAACUUUUUGUAUUUUACACGUUAAUAAA